UGUGAAACAUGAUAAACACAAUUGCACAAGUGGUUGUUUUUGUGAUGUAAAUAUUGAUUUGUUAAUCAACUUAAAAAAGGGGAUCUUUGGUGUGAAAAAGAGAUUUUGCCAUUCCGGUCUAGCGUAAAGCAAUUAUUUUUCGCCGUUGCAGGAAAAGAUGACAAAUAUCAUAAGUUGCAGCACAACUGAUUCACUGGAUGUUUGUGAAAGCAAGUUUGAACACAUAUAGCUUGAAAAUAAGAAUAACUAUAUUAAGAUAAAAAAAUAUUUGAGCUAUUAGUGCUAACGGAACAAGUGAGAUUGUAAGAUUAUUAACAGGUUUAAAUCUCUUUUUGGUUCCUAAUAAGUUAUAAGCAGAUGUUCAGUUUAGUUCUCGUUUUUUGAUUUGAAAUAAUGUUUUUGGUUUCUAUCUUUAGAUUGUUCUGAUUUGUUUCUUGAUAAUAACAGUAAAUUGCUCAUUGUACUUUGAAAAUUGUUCUUUGUAUUUUGACCAUGAACAUAAAAAAAGGAUUUAUUUGAUAUAUCUUUUAUAACUUAGGAAUCAAAUGUUUAUAUUUUUAAAAGUGGGAACUAAACUGAACAUCCGCUCAUAAUUUAGGGUCAAACCAUUUUUGUAUGGUAUUUCAUUUGAUUAAUCAUGGUCCAAUGUUGGCUUUCGGUUAAUGAAUAUCGUCGGAGAUAAAAAAAAAAGGCUUAUAUUUGUUUUUUCCUUGCGUAGCUAAAACUGCCUAAGCCACUAUUAGUUGUUCAAAAAGUCCGAAUUAGUGACUAGCUAAUAUUCAGCUCUUCAGAAGUUUCGCACCUAGUAAAAAAUUUGGAGGGGAUUUGCAAGGUACACCUCGUCACAAAAAUAACAGUAAGUAUAGAAAUUUUAGCAUAUAAAGACAACAUCUAGAAACUAGAAAAUUUCCUGCCUUCAGUUUCGUUACAUUACAUCUAUAAAUGAAUGUUCUGUGUUGAUGUCUGAUGUUGCUAACAUUUGGUUCUGUCAUGGUCAGGCUUGAUGGUUGACUGACUUGUCCAUGCGUGACGAUCACGCAGCCAUGUCUGUGAAGAAAUCUGUGUCUCUGAAUGGUGGCAGUGCCAUUGCCAACCUUAAGGGCAAGAAAUCUUCAAAACGUAGGCGUUUUGAUCGUCCUUUGUCCUCGGUUGAAUUGUCUAUGGAACCAGGGAAGCAGCUGAAGGACAUGGAUUCCAACAAGUUGAAGGCUGAUAUCAAGAAGUGGGCUAAGGCUGUUGUUGCUUAUGCACGCCAAAUCAGUGGCAGUUUUGGAAAGACUCGUGGCUAACUCACAUUCAACAUGAUGGAAUAGCACUUUGUUGCACAAGGGCAAGAUCACAGACACGGGCAUUGGAUUUUGUUAAUGGAAGAAAUGUUGGUAAAGUAUGAAAAUGAGCUUUACAUUAAAUGGUUGUACCUAGAAAUUUGUGCAUAUUAUAUAUGUUCAAGUGGUGAAUGUAAAUUGUUUCAGAAGCAGGGUGGAUCAAAUGCUUGUCUUUGGGAGGGUCUUGCAUCCAUUUGUGUUAUGAUACCUUUUGUAUCACUGUAAAUAUAUGGUAAAUAUAAUC